ACUAGGUCAACUUAUUUUCUAAGCUCGUGUGUCAACGCUCCAAUCCAUAGUAUAUAACAGUCAUAUAAGAUUAAAUGGCAGGUCGGAUACCAAGUGGUUUCAUCAAAAGUGCCUUACAUAAUGGCGUUGGAAGAUAUGUUAAUCAGUGCCAAAGAAUAACUCUAAAAUUUUGUAAGGAGCACGGUGACAGCAGAGGCAUGAGGGACUUCAUAGAACAAGAGCUAUUAGAUUUUACUAGGAGUAACCCUGGAGUGGUGAUGUACCUGCAACCAAGGCGACACAGGAAACCUGUUAUAGUAGCAGAGUAUUUAAAUGGAUACAAAGAAAACCUAUAUGUGCCCAACUACCCUAAAGAUGAGAUCUGCAAAUGGGUGGAGCAUUUGCGCUGCAAGCAAGGAAUGACCCCUAUGAGACUUAGAAAAUACCAGCACACAGACAAUCCUAGUAUUCAGGGUAUAUGGAAUCCAUUUACCAAUAAAGAUCCCUCAGCAAAUGUUACCACAUAUCCAAAUCCUAAUGUACGAGUCAGUGCACCAGAAUCUGCCACAGAUAGAUUACUUAAAUUAGCGCAAGAACUGAGGGAAAAAGACAACUGAUAUUUAACACUCUGCAUGUUGACUACAUUUUAGAAGGGAAUGCCUGUGUAGGUGAAACUGUGGCCUGCUGAACUUGGUGUAAAGCCUGUCCGCACAGCAGAAAUAUUCCUGGAUGUUGAUAAAAUAAUAUGGAUGCAAAAAACACAGUUUCAGUGUCUAGUUGCAACAAUAUUACGGGUGUUCCCAGGUUGGAUACAAAACGUUUGUACCCAAUUUUUCAGUGCUGGUUAGCUCAUAAGGCUAUUCUUGAAAAUGAUUUGUGAUUUUGUUAAUGGCAUUUCAGUGUGGUGCUUUUUCCAAUGCUGACAAAAGUAGGUUAGCUUUGAACCCAUAUCUAAUAUACUUAUUUUAUUUUUAUUUUUAAGUAAGGUGCAUUUCCAACCUGCUUUAUUUCAGUAAAAACGAGACUUCAUAUUCAAGAAAAUGUAUAUAAAUGAAAAGCAAAGAAACUAAAUGAUGUGUGUUUUGCCAGACAUUUAAUGCUGUGAAGAUUUGUAUUGUUAAUCCAUUUAUAAUUAUCCAGAAACUGGGGGAUUUUCCUUCUCCGUUUUCAAGAUAGAAACGCAAAGCUGCUCAAAAACCAAUCAGAUAUUUAUAAAGGCAUACUAUCUGCCUUUAAAAGUGCUCAUUUAUAUUUUCUUAGUCAACGUAUUUUGAAAGGCUACUUAUAUUUCCAAAUUCUGACAACAAAAACGAUAAAACAUGGCAUAGAAGUACCUGUUAUUGACGCUUGCUU